AUGUCUUGCCAAAACUCCUGCUCCGGAAACUACAGCUCAGGGUGUCUCAGAAAUUCCUGCCAUGUUCCUCUCAACGCCCCUGUUGCCCUCUGCUCUACAAAUGUGAGCUGUGGAGAUGUGCUCUGUGUACCUGGGGUCUGUCAAAACCAGGCCUGGUUCCCAGGCAACUGCCAGGAGACCUCUGGGGAGACGAACAGCUGCCAGCCUGCCAACUGCGAGACCUCCAGCUGCUCUUCCACGGCUUACUACGUGCCCAGGCCCUGCCAAGGAUCUGGUUUUCUGCCAACCUCUUCCUUCCUCUCCAGCUCCUGCCUCCCAGCAUCCUAUAGGCCUCUGAGCUAUGUAUCCAGCCACUGUCGUCCAACGACUCCCCUGAUCACUAGUUUCCAGCCCACGGGCUGUGUGUCCAGUGGCUAUCGCCCCCUGACCUGUUUGCCCAACAGCGGCCGACCCCUGAACCUCCUCCCUUACGGGUACCGACCCACGGGGUGUUUGACCUACAAUCCUCAAGCAGUGAACAUUGUGUCCAGCAGCUUCAGACCUCUGCAGCCUCACUCCAGCAGUUGCCAGACUCUGCCCCACGUGUUCAGCACUUGCCGUCCAUCUUGCUCGGCCCAAGGAGGCCUGUAG